AUUUUCAUCAUCCGGACCAAACAUUCACAUAUUCCAAAGAUAUUCCAAGUGUUUGUAGAGAGAAGAGGAAGAGCAAAAAAAAAAACAUUCGAAACCAUGAAGGCAAUCGCCGUGACAUUUUUCCUCUUCUGCUUCGUUUUUCCGGCUGCUUUAGCUCAGCUUCGGUUCGGAUUCUAUGGCCGGUCAUGCCCUCGUGCCGAGUCCAUUGUCGCCAAUGUCGUUGCCAACCGCUUCCGCCGUGACCGCUCCAUCACCGCCGCUCUUCUUCGUAUGCAUUUUCACGAUUGCUUCGUCAGGGGUUGCGACGCUUCUCUUCUCAUCGACCCGAGACCCGGGAGGCCGUCUGAGAAGAACGCAGGGCCAAACGGAAGCGUGAGAGGCUACGAAGUCAUCGACGAGGCCAAGAGACAGCUCGAGGCUCAGUGUCCUCGCACUGUCUCAUGCGCUGACAUCGUCACUCUCGCCACGAGAGAUGUGGUUGCAUUAGCCGGCGGUCCGAGGUACGCUGUGCCUACGGGAAGACGUGACGGUCUUAGGUCAAACCCGGCUGACGUCAACUUGCCGGGACCCACGAUUCCAGUGACUGCAGCCAUUCAAGCCUUUGCGGCUCAAGGGCUCAACGUCAAUGACAUGGUUACUCUUGUCAUUGGUGGCCACAGCGUCGGUGUUAUUCAUUGCAGUCUCAUCCAAGACAGAAUCGCUGACCCUUCCAUGGAACGCACAUUGAAUGCUCAGUUGAGGAACCAAUGCCGUGCCCCGAACGACCCAACGGUGUUCUUGGACCAGAGGACUCCGUUCAUAGUGGACAACGGACUGUGUUUGGAAGUUCUAAGACAGAGAGGAGUCAUGAGGAUUGAUCAGAGCCUCGGUCUUGAUGGAAGGACCCGAGGGAUUAUCUCGAGUUUCGCCUCAAACAACGCCCUCUUCAGGCAGAGAUUCGCUCAAGCCAUGGUGAAGUUGGGGACCAGCAGGUUCCUUUCUGGCCGUGCCGGUGAGAUCAGGAGGAACUGCAGGGUCUUCAACAACGGCCGUUGAUCGAACUUAACUGUCAUUACUUCUGUUUCAAUUUCCUUUAGUUCAUCGACCGUGUACUUUCUUUCUAAUAAUCUGUCGAAUGUGUGCUUUUCCUUGUACUCUUGUAUUUUUUUUCUUUCUUUGUACUGAUUUUUGUUCCAACUUAUUGAGAUUUUCCGUUUGUUAUGCUCA